CGGGGGGGAGACCCACGGCCGGUCCCGCUCACGGCCCCAGACCUGCUCCUGAACAUGGACUGCGGAGUCAUCACCUCCAAGACCGUGCUGCUGCUGCUGAGCCUCGCCUUCUGGGCGGCAGCAGCAGGCCUGAGCUAUGUCGGGGCGUACGUCAUCAACACCUACAAGAGCUACGACAACUUUCUGCAGGACAAGUACGCCGUGCUGCCCGCCGUGAUCAUCAUCUGCGUGGCUGUGGUGAUGUUCGUCAUUGGGCUCAUUGGCUGCUGUGCCACGUUCCGGGAGUCUCGAGUCGGUCUGGGGCUGUUCUUGGCCAUUAUCCUGCUUAUCUUUAUCGCAGAGGUAUCCGCUUUUGUCCUGGGAUUUGUUUACAGGGAAAAGGUAAAAACUGAUGUUCAAGGCACGAUGCGCUCGGUCUUUGAGCAGUACGAUGGGAAAAACCCAGAGUCUACAGUUGUGGAUUACUUGCAGGAACAGCUUCACUGCUGUGGGGUGAAGAACUACAGUGACUGGACGACCACACAGUGGUUUAAUUCCACUGGGAACAACAGCGUCCCUCUGAGCUGCUGCCAGGAGGGUGUGAAGAACUGCACUGGGCAUCUGGAUCAGCCACAGGAGCUCAACACCCGGGGCUGUGCAGAGGAGCUGGAGUCUGGGCUGCAGAGCGUUAUCAGCUAUGCCAUGCUCGUGAUCCUGGGGUUUGCCAUUGUAAAGUUCUUUGGCAUGCUGAGUGUCUGUGUGCUGACUUGCAAGAAAGAAGAAAGUGGAUACCAGCCUCUUUACUCAGGGGUGUUUGCUUAAUAAACGGCAAAGAUCGAUUUUUCUUUUGCUUCCUGAUGAUAAAGUAGACUCGGGACCGUACCACAGCUUUCUGUAAGGUUAUGGCAGGUUUGGAUUUGUGACUUCAGACAGCACCAGAACUCCAGAAGGAAACUUUCUUCUGCCCUUCUUCCCUCUGCCCUGAAAACACAAAAGUGCAGCAGAAACUUUAGAUUUUAAUAACUAAACUGGUGGAGACUGCAGGAGGGGUUUCAGUUACCUGCGCAAGUCUCGGAUCACUCCCCUGGCGGGGUUUAAACAGCAAAAGAAACUUUAGAACGCCAGGCUUAUUCUUCACAGACAUGGGGAUUUGUAAUAUGUUUUGUCUGUAUCUGUACAGUUGUGCAGUUUGUUUUUUUUUUUUUCCCCUUUCUUAGUCAUUUGUUGUAAUUCUGUUUACUGCCGAGGUUGUUAGUGCAAGACAACCCUGCGUUUAAAGUCUAGAACAGGCAUUUGGGUUGUUUUUUGAAGCAGCUAUCAAAUGUGAACAACCCCAGGUUAGGAGGGGAUGUGUGUACAGAGCUUCUGGGCUCAGAACAUCUCUAUUUGCCUUAUUUUUUAUUUUUAUCUGUUUCUUAGUUAUUGACAUCAAAAAUUUUUUUUGUCUCCUUUUAUGAUGCUUUUAUGGCUUGCCUACACAAAGACAGACUGUGUCAGUCCCUUUAAUGUGGGAGUUGCCUGAGUUUUGGGGAUGAAGCCAGCAUGGAAGAUGGGAGUCACAGGACACGUUGUCUCCAUGUGGUUGUGUAGAUGGGACUGCUGGAGGCGUUAGUGCUGCUUUCACUGCCCCAUGGAAGCUUUGACCACCUUUCUCCACUAAAAAAGGUUUAAAAGAUGCAUUAUUUUUCAGAGCAAUUUCAAUAACCUGCUGUAGCUCUGCAUUCGCACAUUUUCCUUUCUCCUUAAAGUGACUGCUGGAUGCAGUCACUGCAUAGAUUUAACAUGGUCCUUGCUUUAACGUGGUCCUUCUUUAACUUGUUUCUGUGUUAAUCUGUGUAUCAGCUCUUCAGGAUUUGGAAGUUUGGGGAGGGAGGGGAACUACCAGCUGUUCUGAAUCAAGGAAUUGCGGAAAAGCAACACAAUUUUUGCUUUUGGUUGUUUUGUUUUGUUUUGUUUUGUUUUCCCUUGGAGAGAGAAGCAGCCUGUCCUUACCAAUAAACCUUUAUAUUUGUAGUUAAUUAGAAAAAAAUAGUUCGGGGUAAGUCUAUGUUGUUCAAUUAUCUCCAUCCCUACCCCGAGGAAAAAAAAAAAAAACCCAAACAAAAAUGCAACGGGUGACGUUGUUCUACGGGAACCAGACCAUGUAUAUGUUGAAAACUGACUUAAUUUUUAUGGAGGGCUCUCUCUUCUGUUGAAUGCCGAAAUAAACUGAAUUUAUGUAAUCGAGUAAAAAA